AUGAAGCCUGCGAACAUUGCUCUGGUGGUGUGCUAUUUAACCUAUGCUUUUGGCAUAUCGAUUGCAAGUGGUCUCACCUUCCUACCAAAAUUCUUCGAGCCGGUCAAGUGUCUUUUUGGUGAAUGCUGCAGCGAUGCUCUUCAUUUCAAUCAUGAAUAUUUUUAUGGGAACCUAACUGCGAAACUUUAUGGACAACACAUUGCCAUUGAAAGGUUCUACAACUAUGUGAAGGCCCAUCUGGAGGAUCCAAGUCCUCGCAGAAGUCUGGUUUUUUCACUUCAUGGAUUUACAGGUGUUGGCAAAAACUACGCAGCCUCCAUUUUGGCGUCGAGUUUGUUCAGGGCAGGCGAGAAGAGUAGCUUUUAUCGUUACUUCGAUGCUACCGUUGAUUUUCUUUUCAAAGACUCUGUCGAAUUCUACAAGGCCAAAGUACUGGAGGACAUUCGAGAGGUAGUUAGCAAAUGCAACCGAGCUAUGUUGGUUUUUGACGAGGUUCAUAAAAUGCCCGCGGGCAUUCUGGAUGUUCUCGUUCCUCUUUUGGGUUACACAGAAUCCAUCAAGGGCGUGGACUACAGGAAGGCCAUUUUUGUCUUCAUGGGAAACAAUGGUGCUUCACUCAUUAACGAAUACGUUUACAAUCACCUUAACACUGGGAAGAAUCGUAAAUCGAUUCAGUAUGCUGACCUCCGUCGAGCUCUCUCGAAGUCAGUCUACAAUGAAGAGGGCGCCUUCAAGUUUUCGGACCUGAUAAGCAGCCACGUGAUAACUGCAGUGGUGCCCUUCCUUCCACUGCAGGAGGUGCACGUAAGCGCGUGUAUAGUCGACGCUGCACGCCGCCUGGGAGUUGAAGCCACUGAGACGAUGAUCGACUUUGUGCUGGCCGAGCUGGAUUGGGAACCUGAAGGCACCCGCCUCUUCUCCACCUCGGGAUGCAAACUAGUUUACGACAAGGUUGGUUUCUACCUCCAGCAUCGCAGCUUCGGAUUCGGCUCCGCUCUCACUCAUGGCGAACUGUAA